AUGGCUCAAUAUACAGAUAGGCAGUCGAACACUGCAUCAUAUGCCUCUCGCUGGGCCUCUAUCGCGAUCCGUGAGCAGCUAGCCGAGAUUCAAAGAGGCAUACCUUCUUUGCCAACGCCACAGAAUCGUAAUGAGCUCGCUCCAAUCACUGACACCCUCGACAAGGAGACCCAGAAAUCGUCGUUCAAUGUCGGCAUAAUUGGAGCUGGGUGUGCCGGCCUAUUCACUGCCAUGAUAUUUGAUUAUUUGAACGAAAGAUUCAAACUCAACGUGACCUAUGAAAUUCUUGAAUCGAACGGCGAGGAUAGGAUCGGCGGCCGGCUCUACUCGUAUUACUUCAAGGACGUUCCCAACCCAGGACCACAUGAUUACUAUGAUGUCGGAGCCAUGCGUUUCCCAAAUAUUGAGCCAAUGGCGCCCACUUUCGCACUGUUCGAUCUUCUCGAGAUGAAGGACAGCUCAUCCGAGGAACCGAAAGUUGGCGAUCUGAUUCCAUACUAUUUAACGGGUCCAAAUAACCCACAGCUCUACAAUGAUGUCCGAGUCGUCCCCAAAGUUGACCCAUUGCCAAAGCAGGGUGAUCCGCCAAAGAAAGAGAAAAAUGAUUCUCCAACGGCGAAGUCAUUCAAAGUUACUGGGCUCUUAGAUUGGUAUGAAGAUGAAGUGCCUUCGAAGUUGAUUGAGGACAUGAUCAAGCCUUUCACGGACAAGCUCAAGGCAGACCCAAAGAAAGGAUGGAAUUUUCUUAUGAAAUUUGGCGACGCCUAUAGUGUCCGACAAUGGUUUUCGAAGCUGUACGAUUACAACACGACAGAGUGGCUGGAGACAUAUAGCUAUGGCACUUCAUGGUACGAUGAAGCUCUGAGUGAGAUGGUGCUCGAAGACAUCAACUUCGCUGCCCCGCUCAACAAAUGGAGGUGCGUCGAAGGAGGCUCCCAGGAGAUCGCCAAGAGAAUGUACAAUAGAGUCAACGCAGACAAGAAUGGCAAGAAAACUGUGACCUUUUCUAAGAGAGCAACGAAGCUGGCGCGCAAAACACUCACUUGGAAGGACGAAAAGGGUAAGAAAGUCCCGGAUGAUGUUGUGGUGCGAGUUUCUGUCAAAGACGAAGAUAAGCCUCGCGAAUACGACGCGGUCUUCAAUUCGGCGCCCUUAGGAGCCAUGCAAAGAAUGGAUCUUCGGGGUCUUAACCUCAACUGGGGAACGAAACAAGCGAUCCGCUCCUUAGGCUAUGGCGCAUCGUGCAAAGUUGGCAUUCGUUUCAAAUCCCUCUGGUGGCUCAAACGGGGAAUCAUUCAGGGUGGCAGCGGCAAGACCGACCUACCUAUUCGUAAUUGCGUCUAUCCGUCCUACAAUAUCUAUGAUUACGACCCAGAGAAGGGAGUCGACAAGCCGGGCGUCCUUCUCUGCUCGUACACGUGGUCUCAAGAGGCACAGCGUCUCGGUGCUCUCAUUCACCGAGACUCUCCUAAGGAUGAAGACGAGCUGAAAGCUCUUCUGGUCGACAAUCUGACUAGACUGCAUAUGAAGGACAACUCUGAGUAUGACAAGCUACACGAGCUCAUCUGGGGCGAGUACCAGUCCCAUUACGCCUAUGACUGGUACCAAGAUACCGGUACCCAAGGUGCAUUCGCCUACUUCGGUCCCGGCCAAUUCCGCAACAUGUAUCCCUGGGUCGUCCGCAAUGAUGGCAAGCACAUCAUCAUCGGCGAAGCAGCAUCUGCCCACCAUGCGUGGGUGGUCGGCGCACUGGAAUCAGCCGUUCGUGGCGUCUACCAGUUCCUCUUCGCUCACUCCGGCAAAAGCGUUAAUUUCAAGGCCGCGGUUGAGGCUUACAACAACGACAAGAUCGAGCAGCCUUAUGGUCCGCUACCCAAGGAGUUUGAUCGUACGGAGGAUGUGAAGCCCAUUACUGGUCCAGAUGUCAGUGACGACGCGCCCUUGAAGCAUGUGGCGGGGGAUGGUGAGUGGGCGAGACAGCAGGUCAUUUUCGAGAAGAUCCGCCAGCAGCAAGGUGGUGAUCAGCUCGAUCUUGCUGCUGUCACUAGUGAGGAGGUCAAGCCUUUACUUGAGGUCGCGGCGGCUGCUUGA